AUGGCGAGCGAUUGGGCCGAGGAGCGUGAAACGCUGCUUGCCAUUUAUGACAAUGCCAUUGAGGCCACGGAUCAGGGGUUCUACAUGCGCCUGAGGCCAGACGUGGACCAUGAACAGCAGUGCUUUGUCCAGUUGGACCUGACGUUUCAGGUGCCAACCAACUACCCAGAGGCAAAGCCCACAGUGCUGCUCGCUAGCCCGCGCGGCCUCAACCACGAACAAUUUACCAGGCUGGUUCAGGACAUUGAGGAGCUGGUGGCAGACGCAAGCGAGGCACAAGAAGCAUGCGCCAUUGACGUGAUCCAGUCGCUCAAAACGGGCUUGGAAGAGAUGAACCAGCCUCCCAGCACAUGCGUCAUCUGCUUGGACAAUCUACGGAGCGACAAUCUUUACAAGACCCGCUGCUUUCAUUGCUUCCACUUGUCCUGCCUCAUUCGUUAUCUUUAUUACCGACACCACAACAUGGAAGCGGACAUGACGGCUGAGGAUCAUGCCCGACUGCGAGCGCAGUAUGCAACUGAUGAGGAGAUUGCCGCAGCGCGGCUCAAGGAGGAACGUGCCAAACCAAGCCCUUGCCCGAUUUGUCGCGAAGCCAUGCCCGCAGAUCGCACGCUCAAGAAAGCGGCGGAGGAAAUUGCCGGCAUGCCCCCAACGUUGGAUCCGGCGGGCUCUGCUAGUCCGGUGAAAGACUUGCCAAUGCCUCUAUCACCGCAGCAGCGGAAAGAGCAGGAGAAACGUCAAGCUCUCUUCCAGCGGCAACUGGCCAAGGGUGGCAUAAUUUGCGCCAGCUAG